AUGUGGGCAAAGCUAGUGGAGCACCAGACAAGCCUUGGAUGGGACCCUAUUAAGAGGACAAUUGUGGCAAGCGAUGAUUGGUGGGAAAGAAAAAGACAAGAAAACCCAGAAUAUUUGAAAUGGCGAAAUGAGGGUCCAAAAUUCCUAGACAUGAUGGAGAUUUGCUUCAAAGAUGUGGUGGCAACAGGGUACAUGGCAUUGGUGCCAUAUGCAAACCCAUUUACAGACAAUGAAGUUUCUAACGACAAUGUUCACAAUGAGAUGAAUGAAAGAGAAACCGAUGCAGACAAUUUUCAUGUUGACGGUGCAACUCCUGAACAAUGUAAUGAUACCCCAAGGGCUGAAACUAGCACAACACAAGAUAAGAAGAGAUGA